AUGACGAAUACCCCUAUGAGGUUGGUGAGCCUUCAGCUGCGUGUACUGAUCCUUCUGCUUCCUCAAGAACACGAACCACAUAUUGGUGACCAUGGCGAGCAAGAUGCCGUUCUCCCGAAGAAGAGAUCACCAGUGCAUCCGAGGACGGUGCACGGUCAGGAGAGGCCGUAUAAGCUAGUGUGUGCCUUGCUGGUUGAAACUGACUGCCAAUGUAGUGCGGUUAUGAUUGCGAUGACGAAUACCCCGAUGAGGUUGGUGAGCCUUCAGCUGCGUGUACUGAUCCUUCUGCUUCCUCAAGAACACGAACCACAUAUUGGUGACUAUGGCGAGCAAGAUGCCGUUCUCCUGAAGAAGAGAUCACCAGUGCAUCCGAGGACGGUGCACGGCCAGGAGAGGCCGUAUAAGUAUGUAUAUUGCGAUGACGAAUACCCCGAUGAGGUUGGUGAGCCUUCAGCUGCGUGUACUGAUCCUUCUGCUUCCUCAAGAACACACGAACCACAUAUUGGUGACUAUGGCGAGCAAGAUGCCGUUCUCCUGAAGAAGAGAUCACCAGUGCAUCCGAGGACGGUGCACGGUCAGGAGAGGCCGUAUAAGUAUGUUUCAGAAAUCAUAGUGGGUGGUUUCGAUCCCCACCCGCCUUCUAAAAAAGAAAGGCCUCAGUGUGCCACGGGCUCUGUUGUUGCUCGGACGUUGACAAGAAAGGUGGUUGGUGUCGACGCCGCAUACUAUCUGACUGAAUUGCAUGUCUCCCGAGCUAUCGCUUUGCUUGAAGAGGGUCGAACUAUGCAUUAUGUAGGAAAUGAUCUAGAAGUAGCCCCUUCUGUUAUCUACAGACUUUGGAAGCGAUACCGUGAGACGGGAGAAUACUCACAAAGGCGAGGUCAAGGUCGAAAGAGAAAAACUACACGUUUGCAAGAUCGCUACAUCGUCAACUGUGCUUUACGUAACCGCACCACAACUGCAAGAGAUCUACAAAAUACACUAAGGACGGCUACUGGUGUAGAAAUUUCCGAACAGACAGUAAGAAAUAGGUUGUUGGAAGCCAAUUUGAGAUCACGCCGACCAGUUCGGGCUGUACGUCUAACAAUUCAACAUAGACAAGCUCGCCGACAGUUCGCGCAAAAUCACGCUAAUUGGCAACUUCGACAUUGGAGGCCAGUGCUUUUUACUGACGAAUCACGAUUCCGUCUAACACGUUGCGAUGGUCGUCUCCGUGUUAACAGACGCCCAGGCGAGCGAUACAGUGCAGCAGCAGUCCAGGAAUAUGACAAAUUUGGAUGUGGCUCUGUGAUGGUUUGGAGCGGAGUUAGUUUGGACGAGCGCACAGAUCUCGUCGUUGUUCCCGGGCGCUUGUGUCCUCAAACUUACAUUGAAAAUGUGCUCGAAGAUCAUGUUUGGCCCGCAGCAUAUGCCAUCACGUCAGAUUACUUACGACAGCAGGAAAUCCGUGUAAUGGAGUGGCCUUCCAUGAGCCCUGACCUAAAUCCAAUUGAACACAUUUGGGACUUGCUUGACAGGCGCAUCCGGAAGCGUCCGAUUGCACCUCAAACACUGCAGCAGCUCACUGAAGCGUUGAUUGAAGAAUGGGAGCGAAUUCCACAAGAAGAUAUUCGGAGGAUCAUACGAAGCAUGCCGCGUCGUUGUCAAGCCGUGAUUAGGGCUCAUGUAGGCCACACACGUUACUGA